UACGGUAUACUUGUCAGACUCGCUUAUAUAUAAUACAAGGAAUAUAAAUAUUGAAACAGUAAGUUUAAAAAUCAAUUCGAUGGCUGCAAAAGGCGCGCAUAUAACGCAAAAUAUUGAAACACGUCCGUCGAUAUUUGAAGUUGUAGCUGCAGAUUCACUGAAUGCAACUUUUUAUCCAGCUCUAAAAAAAGUAGCAAAUUUUCUAGCAACUAUCAAGCCCAAUACCUUCGGCUAUUUACUGAGGUAUUACGAUGAAAUAUAUGCAUUGUUUAAUUGCAUCGUACAAAGUUAUUACCUGCGAAACAAGGGCGGUUCAUUGGCAGAAAUAUUUUACGGUUUAACGCGGAUUUCAAAGAGAACAUUGAGUUUCAAUCAAAAUAGGGAGCGGUGGUCUUUAGUAUGCUUAGUCAUAGCACCAUAUUUUUACAACAAAAUUAAGCAAAUGUUACAGGAAUGGAAAAAUGAUUAUGACAAUGGGAAAACCAUAUCGGAUGAAAAGCGAAAAUUUCUUCAACUUAUUCCAUACGGAAAGGCUUUAUUUGAAGCUAUUAAGCUCUAUCAUUGCGUAUUAUAUUUAGCCGGGAAGAGCUCAACACACUCGCCGGUCCUGUGGUGGUUGGGAUUGACUCUUACUUAUCUAACGGAAGAAGAAGAAUCCUGGACGCUCAAGGAUGUUUUAUCGGGACAAGUAAAAUUAGCAACAAUCUGGAGCAUAUUCCUGUUGAAGUCACUUGAACUAUCUGCUUUUUUCCUGCAAUUUAUCGAGUGGUGGCAAAACGAAGCCAAUAUGGGUGAUUUAUCUAGGUUACCUGUUCCAGAAGCACCGGAAACAGACUUAAAUAGUGAAAGAUAUAAGAACAUUUGUCCUCUGUGUCUUCAAAAAUGGAUAGUACCGACAGCAGUAUCGGUCUCUGGGUACGUAUACUGCUACCAAUGUAUCAUAACCUAUGUACAACAAAAGAAGCAGUGCGCUGUGUCUAAAUACCCAGCAACGAUAAACGAUUUAGUGCGAGUUUUCGAUGACGAUGAAUGAAGGGUGAUAAGAACUACGAUAAGAAUAUUUGAUAAGAAUCCACGGUGAGGCUUAUUUUUAUUGUAUUUGUAAGUGGUGGUCGGACUCGAUUAUCUGGGCAAAAAUUUUUUUUUUAAAUAGGUUUUUUAAAAUGUUCAAAACGUGUUUAACAUUCUGUAAUCUGUAAUCUGUGGGGGGUUUACUAGUUGGACGCUGAUGAGCGCAUUACUUCUAUACCAGGCCCGAGGGGUGAUCUUAUAUCGGAGUCUCCAAGUCAUUUCUGCCUGCCGAGGCAGCUUACGGCAGCCAAUAAAACGCAGUAGCGAAUUGACUCUGGAGAUUCCAAGAUCAGACAAUGUCAAGUCUCAAGUGAAUGGUCAAAUAGUCACGUAGUCUAGUUAUCAAUGUUCUAUAAAAUGGCAAACGUUUGAAGCUAAGAGAUAAAGAUAUAUGUUUUUCAUACCUGUUGUUCGGGUAUUCAUAUUCCGUUCCUCUUACCUUUUUAUGAUGGAUUUUACCUUGAUCAAAUAGGAGUUCCUAUUCCCAUCCCCAAUGACCGCUUUAUCAUUGCCUUGCUUCCAUCAAGUAUAGACAUUUGUGCCUUGCCUUAGUAGUGUGUCCUGAGCCAUUCUGCUGUAACUAUCCUUGGUUGGGUGGUGGUAGUUUCUUCCCCGUGCGUGCAAGGUAUUGAAUGACGUGUGCGUCCAGUGUAAUUCUCUCCGAAUUUCUAUCAAGGGUUCAUUUCUAAUUCCCGUCGUAGUAAGGAAAGCCACUCUAACUUUCAAUUCUUUGAAUUCACUAAAAAACGAUUAUUAAAGCAUUUUAUUGAAAUUACGCAACUGACUUUAUAUCUUAAAUUCGUCGUACCGUUUUAAAAUCCGUCCUUCAAACUUUAUCAUCGUCCGAACUAAAAAUCACAAUAAUGUUUACGAAGCUAGCGCGCAUGUAUUUGUGUAGGACGGCAUCACAAAUGUGUUUUUUUUUUCAUAUGGGCUUAUCACUUUGACCACAACAUUAUUGAUCUAUUGUAAUUAUCACAAAUGUUAUUCUGCGAAAUUUCUACGGGUCAUGCAAGUUGUGUGGGUUAUUUUCAUUUUAUGAAUGACGGAAAUUGAAACGAUUAGUCGACAUUUUCUUCUUCGUCAAUUUGGCUGCUAGGAAUUCUUUAAUAAAAAAAAUCAGGGGUUGUGUACAAGACACGACCGCAUAUAUAGGUGACGCAGGACUACGUAAGUGUCUUUGUAGUGAUAGUGGCAUGUAUUCAUGCUUGUAAUCAUUCGAUUCUUCAUGUAUACAUGCUAUAUGCAACAUAUAUACAUGCUACAUGCGUUGUAUGUAACAUUUAUCAA